AUGGCCGGAGAGGAUUUCACCGUCGACCCCAGGAUGAUGCACGUCCAGCCUCGCAUCCGCUACAACACCAUUGGCGGCAUCAACGGUCCUCUGGUCAUCCUGGACAAUGUCAAGUUCCCUAGAUUCAACGAGAUCGUCUCGCUCACUCUGCCCGACGGCACCGAGAGAUCUGGCAACCGUGCCGUUGUCCAGGUCUUUGAGGGAACUUCUGGUAUCGAUGUCAAGAAGGUGCGGCAAAUCAAGAAACCACUCCGAGUACAAGCAGCAUUGCUGACGCCCAGCAGNACCAAAGUCGAGUUCAGCGGCCACUCGCUCAAGCUCGGUGUGUCCGAGGACAUGCUUGGUCGUGUCUUUGACGGUUCCGGUCGUGCUAUCGACAAGGGUCCCAAGGUUCUGGCCGAGGACUACCUCGACAUCAACGGUCAACCCAUCAACCCCUACUCAAGAGUCAGUCACAAUCAUGUCAAACCACGCGAAGGCGCUAUAUUGACAUAUGCANNGGAAUACCCCGAGGAAAUGAUCUCCACCGGUAUCUCGACCAUUGACACCAUGAACUCGAUCGCUCGUGGUCAGAAGAUUCCCAUCUUCUCUGCCGCCGGUCUGCCCCACAACGAAAUUGCUGCUCAGAUCUGUAGACAGGCCAGUUUGGUCAAGCCCACCAAGGGCAUUCACGAUGACCACGAGGACAACUUCUCCAUCGUCUUUGGUGCCAUGGGUGUCAACUUGGAAACCAGCAGAUUCUUCACCCGCGAUUUCGAGGAGAACGGCAGUAUGGAGAGAGUUACUCUGUUCUUGAACUUGGCCAACGACCCUACGUACCGUAUCAUCACUCCCCGUCUUGCUCUUACCACCGCCGAGUACUACGCCUACCAGCUCGAGAAGCACGUCUUGGUCAUUCUUACCGACCUUUCAUCUUACUGUGACGCUCUUCGUGAGGUCUCGGCCGCCAGAGAAGAAGUCCCUGGUCGUCGUGGUUACCCCGGUUACAUGUACACUGAUUUGUCCACCAUCUACGAGCGCGCUGGUCGUGUUGCUGGCAGAAACGGUUCCAUCACUCAGAUCCCCAUCUUGACCAUGCCCAACGAUGGUAUGUUCAGCAUUCUCGAUGACUUACCAGAAACGAUGCUAAACGACCCGCANGAUAUCACCCACCCUAUCCCCGAUUUGACUGGUUACAUCACCGAGGGUCAGAUCUUCAUUGACCGUCAACUCUACAACAAGGGUAUUUACCCCCCGAUCAACGUGCUUCCCUCGCUCUCGCGUCUCAUGAAGUCUGCCAUUGGUGAGGGCAUGACCCGUAAGGAUCACUCGGAUGUCUCCAACCAGCUGUACGCCAAGUACGCCAUUGGUCGUGACGCUGCUGCCAUGAAGGCAGUCGUUGGUGAGGAGGCUCUGUCAAGUGAGGACAAGCUUUCGCUCGAGUUCUUGGACAAGUUCGAGAAGACUUUCAUCAACCAGGGCGCAUACGAGAAGCGCAGCAUUUUCGAAUCGCUCGACACUGCCUGGGAGUUGCUCCGCAUCUACCCCAAAGAGCUUCUCAACCGUAUCCCCAAGAAGACGCUGGACGAGUGGUACACACGCCGUCCCUCAGACAAGAGCGCCAACAAGGACACUCGCGACAACCAGGACAGACAACAAGAGAGCGAGAACCUGAUUGACGCAUAA